AUAUAUUUGGAUUUUCUGUUAGAAACCCAAGAACCUGUCUUCUGAGUUCUGAUCUCACUCUCCCUCUCUUCAAAGCCCAGCAGCAGCCAUAGCUAAUAAGCCAUUCUUACCAAGUACAAGAAGCUAUAACAAUGGAGGACUCGGAGGGGGUUCUCAGCUUCGACUUCGAGGGAGGUCUAGACGCCGGAGGGUUACCCAACCCUACUGGAGCGGCCGGACCAAUUGUUCAGUCAGAUUCGGCUUCCGCCACCGCAGUCGCCAUCAACCCGGUCGGACAGGGCCCUGUGGUCUCAGUGGAUCACUCGGGUCCUGGCGCAAAUCAUAAUAAGCGGGGGAGCUUUCGGCAGACGGUAUGCCGGCACUGGCUUCGUAGUCUGUGUAUGAAGGGAGAAGCUUGUGGGUUCCUUCACCAGUACGACAAGUCCCGGAUGCCCGUUUGUCGUUUCUUUCGAAUGUACGGUGAGUGCCGCGAGCAGGACUGUGUUUACAAACACACUAACGAAGAUAUCAAGGAGUGUAACAUGUACAAAUUAGGCUUUUGUCCAAAUGGUCCAGAUUGCCGCUAUAGACAUGCGAAGCUUCCUGGACCUCCACCCCCUGUGGAAGAAAUCCUUCAGAAGAUUCAGCAUUUGAGUUCUUAUGGCUACAACAAUAAGUUUUUUCAGCAUCGAAAUACUGGUUUUUCCCAACAAGCAGAAAAAUCACAAAAUGCACAAGGCUCCAAUAUAAUCAACCAGGGCUUGGUUGGAAAACCUUCUACAAUAGAGUCUUCUAAUAUCCAGCAGCAACCGCAGCAACAGGUUCAAUCGUCCAACCAACCAAUUGGUCAGAACCAGAUACAAAAUGUUCCCAACGGCUUGCCUAAUCAGACAAACAAAAAUGCGUCACCUCUGCCUCCAGGAAUAUCUAGGUAUUUUAUUGUUAAAAGUUGCAACCGUGAAAAUCUGGAAUUAUCUGUGCAACAAGGAGUAUGGGCAACUCAGAGAAGCAAUGAAGCUAAACUUAAUGAAGCUUUUGACUCUGCUGAAAAUGUUAUCUUAAUUUUCUCUGUCAAUCGGACUCGGCAUUUCCAGGGUUGUGCAAAGAUGAUGUCCAGAAUUGGUGGGUCUGUCAGCGGUGGAAAUUGGAAGUAUGCACAUGGAACUGCACAUUAUGGACGGAACUUUGCAGUCAAAUGGUUGAAGUUAUGUGAACUAUCCUUCCACAAGACUCGCCAUUUAAGGAAUCCAUACAAUGAGAACUUACCGGUUAAGAUAAGUAGAGAUUGCCAAGAGUUAGAGCCCUCCAUUGGUGAGCAGUUAGCUUCGCUGCUUUAUCUUGAACCUGAUAGUGAACUUAUGGCAAUUUCAGUCGCGGCAGAAUCAAAACGAGAAGAGGAAAAAGCUAAGGGAGUCAAUCCAGACAAUGGAGGAGAGAAUCCGGAUAUUGUUCCAUUUGAGGACAAUGAAGAAGAGGAAGAAGAGGAAAGUGAUGAUGAGGAAGAGAGCUUUGGCCAGGUUCCUGGGGCAGCUAAUCAAGGUAGAGGAAGAGGCAGAGGAGUCAUGUGGCCUCCUCACAUGCCACUAGCUCGUGGCGCUAGACCUAUGCCUGGCAUGCAAGGUUUUCCCCCAGUUAUGAUGGGUGCUGAUGGGUCACCAUAUGGACCUGUUACACCUGAUGGAUUUCCCAUGCCAGAUCUUUUUGGAGGCCCUCGUGCUUUUAAUCCAUAUGGUCCAAGGUUUUCUGGUGAUUUUAUGGGACCAGGAUCCAACAUGAUGUUUAGGGGGCGACCCACACAACCUGGGGGUGUGUUUCCUGGUGGUGGCUUUGGGAUGAUGAUGGGUCCUGGGCGUGGUCCAUUUAUGGGAGGUAUGGGAGUUCAAGGUGGAAAUCCAGGCCGAGCUGUUCGUCCAGGUGGUAUGCCCCCGCAGCAGAUGUUUCCACCACCCCCGCCACAAUCCUCACAAAACGCUAACCGUGGUCCAAGAAGAGAUCUGAGGGGACCAGCCAAUGAUCGAAAUGACAGAUAUAUUGUUGCAGGGUCAGACCAAAUCAGGGGGGGUCAAGAGAUGUCUGGUCCAGCCGGCGGACAAGACGAUGAGGCUCACUAUCAACAAGGAGGAGGUAAGACUCCUCACCAAGAAGAUCAGUAUGGUGCUGGAAACAGCUUCAGAAAUGAUGAUAGUGAAAGUGAGGAUGAGGCCCCAAGACGAUCGAGACAUGGAGAGGGAAAGAAGAAGCGCCGAGGCUCUGAAGGAGACACUAACACUGGAUCAGAUCUCUAAAUCAACGGAAUAAUCUUCUUAGGCUUUUAUGCUUUUUAUUAGGAACAUGAUAUGGGAUUUUCAUUCUCUUUUGUAUGAAUUCAUUUGGUUUGGGGGUUCUAUAAGGAAAAUUUAGAUGGUGAAACCAUUUUUCUUGUGUUUCCCCCUUCUUUUUGACCCUUAUUAUUACCCUUUAGUUUAAUUUAUGUUUAGAUGCUAUACAUUUUUGUAACUGUAUACGCCCAAGUAUAAAUGAUGGAUAGAGUUCAUAUGAACACUCGAGAUUGUUAUAUUAGUUUUCACUUAUUUGUAAAGAAAGUUUUCUCAUCUCAACA